CUCCGUGAUUGUGGCACUUGACUCACUUCACUCUCCAUACAGCCCCGGCCUAACAGUAACAAACAAACAACUUGAACUUUGGCGAACCACGAUUUCACACGGAGCUCAAGAAGCGAUACUUCCCUGUAGCGACUUUCUCUCAACUAGUUUCGAUCCGCUCUAGACUUCGAAAUGACGGUUAUAUUCGUCGAUGAGGAGAAGGGUACCGAUGCAACUACCGAGAACCUGGGAUCCGAGGCAUCGCCCUUCCAAUCCCUCCUUCAAGCCUAUGUUCGGCACGGUGCAAACGCCGAAUACAAAGUCAAGAAGAAGGGCGAUGAAGAGUUCAAGCCUGCCGCCAAAGCGGCCAUGAAAAAGGCCGUGAACUACGCCGACUCGCAGCGCAAGAAACAAGAGGCUGCUGCAAAGCGCGCCGAAAAGGAAUCUCAGGACACCGCGGCCCUCGAAGCAGUCCUGUUGCAGGCCAAAAACAUCAAGAUCAAGGAGAACCCCGAGCUGCCCCAAGCCAAACUCAUCGGUGUUGGGGAGACAGAUCCGGCAAUCAUUGGACAGCUACGCAAGACUGACGGACAAUCACAGGAUGGAGUCCAACGCGUGCGUGUGCAGGGACGUGUUUACCGUGUCGCUAAGCAGGGUGGCUUGAUGUUUGUCACACUGCGCCGCGGAUUGGAUCUAAUGCAGUGUCUCUUUGCCGGCAAUCUCGCCAAGACCUACGAUGCCUUGACUCUCGCACGAGAGACUUCUAUGGAAGUCUUUGGUGAGCUCUGCGAGGUUCCAACUGGGCUUCGUGCACCACUGGAUCGCGAAUUGCACGCCGAUUACUUUCGUAUCAUCGCAAAGGCUCCCGGAGGUGAUGAAGCGUUCGCCACCCGGGUCCCCGAUGACGGUGACUUUUCCACGCUGCUCAACGUGCGGCAUCUUGCGCUCAGACAAGACAAGCCUAGUGCCGUCAUGUUUGUCCGAGAUGUACUCGAAUCUGCUUUCAACACGGUCUACAAGGAGCUAAGUAUCACAAAAGUCAGCCCUCCGGCUUUGGUGCAGACACAGGUUGAGGGUGGUGCCACCCUUUUCUCCCUUGGCUACUAUGGAGAGACUUCCUUCUUGACGCAAUCUAGCCAGCUGUAUCUCGAGACAGUUCUUCCAUCUCUCGGCGAUGUUUAUUGCAUAGAAAAGUCAUUCCGUGCCGAAAAGUCACUGACACGUCGUCAUCUCUCUGAGUACACCCAUGUCGAAGCUGAGCUGGACUUCAUCUCAUUCGAAGACCUCCUAACGCAUCUCGAGCAUCUACUUUGUCGAGUAAUCGAUCUUGUACUGGAGAAUCCGGUUGCAGCUUCCAAGAUCAAAGAGUUCAAUCCCGACUUCAAGAAACCAACACAGCCGUUUCUCAGAAUGCGAUAUUCAGAUGCCAUUGAAUGGCUUCGUGAGAGAGGCAUCAAAAAUACAGAAGGAAACGAUCAUGUGUUUGGCGAUGAUAUUGCCGAGGCUGCAGAACGGCAAAUGACUGACGAGAUUAAUCGCCCCAUUUUCCUGACACACUUCCCCGUCGAGAUCAAGUCAUUUUAUAUGGCUCGAGAGAAGGAUGACCCUCGUGUAACAGAGUCUGUCGACGUGCUCAUGCCCGGUGUAGGCGAGGUGGUUGGAGGUAGCAUGAGAACUUGGGACUAUGAGGAGCUUUUGGCAGCAUACAAGCGCGAAGGUAUUGACCCAACUGGCUACUUCUGGUACCUAGACCAGCGAAAGUAUGGAUCUUCUCCUCAUGGUGGAUACGGUCUAGGAUUGGAGAGGUACCUAGCCUGGUUGAUGAAGCUGUGGACUGUGCGUGAGGCUUGCCUUUACCCACGGUUCAUGGGCAGGUGUACACCCUAAAUGUAUUUUGCGGAUUGCUUCACUCCAAUCCGGAAUCAGUAUACAUUGCCGCUGGGCGCUUUCUACACUGGCUCAAAGGUGAGGCCUGGGAUUGGAAACAUUACGAAUACCUGGGAGAUGCCACUUGAGUGGAUUGCCAAGCCAUAGG